GGUUAUAUUCCUUUGGAACUAUGCUUUCUCUCUCAAUUGCAAAUUUUAGAUCUUGCUGAGAAUAAUCUGAUAGGAAGGAUUCCUCCUUGUUUUGGAAAGUUUCCGAUUAUGGUGAAUGCAACACAAUUGAGCCAUGACAUGGGUAAUGAAUAUUGGGAUCAAGACCCUUCAGUGAAUAUUUUGCUUGUUAGAUAUUUUGAGCAUUGGGAUUUGGAACCUUUGAUGGAGGUUGUAAAAGGGAGAUACCUUGAGUAUAUGAGAAUAACUCUAAGACUUGAGAUUAGUAUAGAUCUUUCGAGUAACAAUCUAAUAGGAUCCAUACCAAAAGAGCUAAUUUUCCUUAAAGAUUUGCACAAUUUGAAUCUAUCUUGGAAUUAUCUCUCAGGAAAUAUCCCUGAAAAAAUUGGACAAAUGGAGAAUUUAGAAUCUCUUGAUUUCUCCAAGAAUGACCUCUCAGGAAUGAUCCCAAACAGUAUGUCAAGUUUAACCAAGUUAAGCUACCUUAACUUGUCUUACAACAACUUGUCAGGGCCAAUUCCAACAGGCUAUCAACUCCAAACACUCGAAGAUCCAACCAUGUAUGUUGGAAAUCCUCAACUUUGUGGAGUUCCACUCUUGAAGAAAUGCUCAAAUGAUACAUUGCCCCCAACAAUCGCCAACUUCAAGGGCAAUAGUGAAGGUGCACUUAAGAGAAUGUGGUUUUACAUUGUCGUGAUGUUAGGUUUUGCAACUGGAUUCUGGGGAGUCGUGGGAACUUUGUUUUUCAUGAAAAAUUGGAGAUAUGCUUAUUUCCAAUGGAUGGAUGAUGUCCAACACUGGAUAUUUGUGGUUAUAACAUUGAAGGUGGCACAAUUCAAGAAGAUGUUCAAUAGUGACCAAGAUGAUCAAUAAGUUAUAUAUGGAGUAUGUUGUUGUUGCUACAUUAAUUAUUAAGUUAGUUGGACAACACCAUAUUACAGGUAAUAGUGUCGAGUCCAACUUUGAAUGGCCCAACAUUGAAUCGGCCAAUUUUAAAUGAACACAUUAGUAUUAGAGUUUGUAAAAUUUUCAAUAAUAUAACAUAGGUUGUAGUUCUAUAGGUUUCCCAAAAAUAAAAAUUCAUAAAUUCU